AUUGUAUUUGCUUUGUGACUGAAUCAUACCAAAACUUGUAUUUUUAGUAGUUUCAAUAUCUGUUUGAGUUGUUGACUUGUUGUUUGGCUAUGGAAAUAUCAAGAUUUGACCUUUUUUUUGUGUGUUAAAAGACAGCUCCCUGAUGUUGUCUUUGUAACAUUGCCAUUUUAAAUCUCUCAAAUCUUUUUCUUCAUGUUGGCGAUUUAACUAUAUACUGUAAUUAUUUUCUUGAAAUCUGAGGGUAACAAUUUUCAUAAGCUUAAUGGCAAAUUCUUCUGAACCAUCAUCAUCCUUAAGCUUUACUUCAUCAUCUCACAUAUCUAAUGGUUCGACCGGCCAGGCCGUACCUUCAUCUUCGACCCCUGAGCCACGGUCGAAUCUUGAAAUCAUUAGCUUAAAUAGAUUAAGUGCAAACUUAGAGAAACUAUUGACUGACUGUGGUUCUGAUUCCGAUUACAAUUAUAGCGAUGCUGAAGUUGUAGUUGAGGGCAUUUCUGUGGGCAUCCAUAGGUGUAUAUUGGCUAGUAGAAGUAAGUUUUUUAGUGAUUUAUUUAGAGAUAGUAAAGGUUGUGUUGACAAGGAUGGUAGGCCUAAAUAUAUAAUGAGUGAAAUGUUGCCAUAUGGAAAUGUUGGAUAUGAUGCUUUUCUUGUAUUUUUAAGCUAUGUUUAUACGGGCAAAGUGAAAUCGUCUCCACCUGAGGUUUCAACUUGUGUUGAUGGUAGUUGCCCCCAUGAUGCUUGUCGCCCGGCUAUUAACUUUGCUGUUGAAUUGACGUAUGCGUCUUCGAUUUUUCAAGUUCCCGAGUUGGUUUCACUUUUUCAGCGUCGUCUUUUUAACUUUGUUGACAAGGCUCUUGCGGAAGACGUGAUCCCGAUCCUUACAGUCGCCUUCCAUUGUCAACUCAAACAUGUUUUAUCUCGGUGCAUAGAUCGAGUAGCGCGGUCAAACCUUGAUUCCAUUUCACUUGAGAAAGAACUCCCAUUUGAAGUUGCCCAAAAUGUCAAAUCUGUUCGCACCAACUCCCAAGAAGAUGAUGAGCACACUGUUGAAUCGGAAAUCUCGUUACGUGAAAGAAGAAUUAAAAGCAUUCAUAAAGCAUUAGACUGUGACGAUGUUGAACUCGUGAAAAUGAUUUUAGAUGAAUCUAAUAUCACAUUGGAUGAAGCUUGUGCUCUUCAUUAUGUGGUUUUGUAUUGUGAUCAAAAAGUUGCUAAGGAAGUUCUUGAUCUGAAUCAAGCAGAUGUUAAUCUUAGAAACUCCCAGGGGUACACGGUGCUUCAUGUUGCUGCAAUGCGUAAAGAACCAUCAAUUAUUGUUUCUCUUUUAAGCAAAGGGGCCUGUGCAUUGGAUAUUACUGUUGAUGGGCAAACUGCAGUUAGCAUAUGCAGGAGAUUGACUAGGCCAAAGGAUUAUAAUCUAAAAGUUCAGCAAGGGAAAGAAACAAAUAAAGAUCGUAUGUGUAUCGAUGUUUUGGAGCGAGAAAUUAAGAGGAAUCCAAUGAUAGGAAAUAUUUCUGUUUACUCUUCGGUCAUGGCUGAUGAUUUGCACAUGAAGUUACUCUACUUAGAAAACCGAGUGGCACUUGCGCGACUAUUAUUCCCUUCAGAAGCAAAACUAGCCAUGGAAAUUGCGCAGGCUGAAACAACCUCACAGUAUCCUGGUUUAUUGGCAUCAAAAGGAUCAAAUGGUAAUCUGAGGGAAAUGGAUUUGAACGAGACACCGUUGGUACAGAAGAAGAGAAUGCUUUCAAGAAUGGAAGCCCUUACAAAGACAGUGGACACAGGUAGGCGUUAUUUUCCUCAUUGUUCUGAAGUUCUCGAUAAGUUUAUGGAAGAUGAUCUAGAAGAUCUGUUUGACCUCGAGACUGGCACCUCAGAAGAACAAGAAAUCAAAAAGACUAGAUUUGUUGAGCUUAAAGAAGAUGUCCAAAGAGCCUUUAACAAGGAUAAAGCCGAACUUCAUGGUAGUUUGUCUUCGUCAAUGCAUUCCCCAACGAUCACGCACAGGGCAAAGAAUAAAUCACGGAAAUACUCGUAACACUCAUUAUAUAUAUGCUCGCUUAUGUGCCUAAUUCUAAUCUCAGAGGUAAACCGUACGUACUGAAGAUAUUAUGGCGCAGGCUGGGGUUCAAAGUUUGUCUUGCAAUGAGACUUUUUGAGUCUGAAAAACGUCGAGCUUUGAGUACUAUAUUCGGAGUUGUAGCUCCAAUUGUAACCUGUUAUAUUGUAUAGGUUAACUGAAAGACGUAUGUGCAUAAAUAAUGUCUAUGUGCAUGUUUUUGACUUGUGAGAAGGAAAUGAAGAAUGAUAUUCUGACCUUUAUUUUUGAAAUAAAGUGGUUCUAAUCA